CCCCGCCGUUGCCACGGAAAUGCCCGAGGCAGAGGGGUUUUUUUUGGCGGUCCCAGAGAGGGGAGAAAGCGACGACGCUCGGCUCGAGCUGUUCGAAGGCGUUGUGGUGCUUGCGGCCUAGCCCUCACUCACCGGAAACACCGCUUCCCAACGGCCUUUUAAUCGUCUAUUCCCACCCUAAAGUGUCGUUUUACCUCGCGAUCGGAUCGAAUCACAACGCACUCGACCUUCCCGAUAAUCCGCGCCACUCGUCCACCGUCUGCGUCGAAAUCUUCUCGCCUCAGCCGAGCCUCGGUGUUUCCUAGCGAGGCGCCCGCCUCUCAGCCGCUCCCGGUCGGCAUGGGGCUCUCAGGAAAGUUCGCUGAGAGCCUGCGGCCUGGUUGUCUUUUAGCUGCUCCCCCAUGGCAGACGCAGGGUUUGAACCGGCUACAGGCCAGCCGGGGCGUGGGAUGAAGACUCGGCCGGCCAUCCUACGGAACCCAUCCAGGGUGGCGGUGACUGACACUAAGCAGCAGACUGGCUCAACAGAGACCAACGGCGUGUCGAAGAGGCCCGUCGCUCAACUCCAGCCUCCAGCUCUGAAGAGGACCACUUGUGGAGAUAUCACCAAUGUGUGUGUGAACCAAGCUUCCAUGUGUUUAAAGGAGGAGAACCAGAACACCAUGAAAGCUCCGCGGAAGCAACCGAUGCGGUCCAAGCGAGAGGCAGGCGCGGCCGAGAACGCCAGCGAGGACUUGCUCAACUGGUUUGUGGAGGACAACAGCCUGAGCUCGGUGAUGGUGGAGGCUCAGUCGCCAGCGAGCAGUGGAUUGUCCCGGCAGCAGCAAUCUGGGCCUCGUGUGUUCCACUUGUCGGUGGUUUGCAGCCUGGAGGAGCCAGACCUACCGGCCAUCUACGCUGAGGACAUCUAUAACUACAUGACCCAGCGGGAGAAGCACUUUGCGGUGGUGAACUACAUGCAUCAGCAGCCUGAGCUCAACGUCCACAUGAGGGCCGUCCUCAUCGACUGGAUGGUGGAGGUGCAGGAAAGCUACGAGCUGCGUCUGGAGACCCUCUAUCUGGCGGUGAAGAUGGUGGAUCGCUUCCUGUGCCGGCAGCCCUGCCCCCGCCUCGCCCUGCAGCUGCUCGGCGCAACAUCCCUCCUCGUUGCCGCAAAGUUCGAGGAGUUCUGCCCGCUGUAUGUGGACGACUUCCUCUACAUCUGUGACGGCAGCUACCGGCGCGAGGAGAUGCUGGGCAUGGAGAGGAAGCUGCUCCGUGUGCUGGACUUUGACAUCAACGCCCCCACUGCUUACCACUUCCUCCGGCACUUCGCCAAGUGCAGCGAGGUGGGUGUGAGGACGCUGGCCCUGGGCCGUUACAUCUGUGAGCUCACCCUGCAGGACUACAGCUACGUGGUGGAACGUCCAUCCAGCCUGGCCAACGCCUGCCUCUGCCUGGCCGUGUGUAUGGGCACUACUGACCCACAGCCAGGACCCCGGCUGCAGUGGGCUGGGGGAGUGAGGAGCAAGAUGUGCGGGCUGCUGGCGAGGUUGAACACGAUGCUGCGGGAACAACCGCACAAACAGCUGCGGGUCAUCUACUCCAAAUACUCCCGCCGGCUGUCUUUCGAAGUGGCCAAAAUUCCAGCUCUGGGAGCCGUGGGAUUGGAGGACCUGAUGGCCGGAGAGGACGCAUCCUAGGAGUGUGCAUCCCCCUACUCUUUUCUCCC